ACACCGUUUCCUAUAAGGAAAUUUAACCAAAAUGGCAAUGAAAGCAAGGCCUCUCUUUUGUAGCAUUAGGCCCCAAAAAGGAGACGAAAAACUAUAAAACUUAUGCCUGCAAAUAGUCACCUGGCUCUUGAAUUAUGUCCAAUUUCUUUCAUUUCAUGGAUAGAGAACAUAACCAUGAAGUCAAAUUUAGCCCAAUUCUCAUCGGCCUUUGUGGUAUCCUCUCUGGAGCCAUCAUGGUGGCAACCUUGCAUUGUAUUGCUGCAGGUUGUCGAAGCCGAUCAGGGCGAUUUACAAACUCUCCAACCCCAGGCAGACCCCAAAAUACUGCAGAUAGACGAGAAAGGACCAGUGGCACCCCCAACUCGACGGUGAUAGAAGUUCCAUUGGGCAGAUAUAGCAAAGAAUGCAAUGAAGAAAUUUGUUCAGUGUGCUUGUGCGAGUUCAAUGAGGGUGAACAAAUUCGUGAAUUGCCUGAAUGCUUGCACAUGUUUCAUGUUUCAUGCAUUGAUAUGUGGCUAAAUUCACACUCAAAUUGUCCCAUUUGUCGGACUAUUACUGUGUCUACUCAGCAGAAUGUAGUUGUCUUGGUGCCAGAUUCCGGUGAGAUCCAAUUGCGGGAACUGCACCAGCAGCCAGAUUUUGGUGUGUGAUCUAGCAAAUAAUGAUGGGUGUAAAUUACUUCGGUCCUAAGUUUUCAUAAUUUUUGCUUAGAGCACACUAUUGCUGGUAGGUAAUAUGGGUUGGCUUAGGAAAGUGGAUGCAUAUUUCUUGUACUUGUGAAAAUUAAUGAUAAUAAUAUAUUAUU